AUGGAUAAACACAGCGUGAAGACCCCCUUGUGGAAGAAGGACCUGGAAGAGCCCGGGGUCGGGGAGGCGGAGCAGGAGGAAGCGGAGGAGGGCUCGGAGGAGGAGGGAGAGGAGAGGCCGGAGGAGAGCUCCGCCGAGGCCGUGGAGCAGUACCGGGAGGUGGAGGAGGACGCGGUCCGCGAGCGGCGCCUGGUGUCCUACUCCCCGCUGCGCCAGGAGCCCAGCACCCAGCAGGUGGCGCUGCUGCGGCGCGCGGACAGCGGCUUCUGGGGCUGGCUCAGCCCCUUCGCGCUUCUGGGCGUCCUGGCGGCUCCCACCGACAGGAAGCGGAGCCUCCCGGAGGAACCGUGCGUGCUGGAGACGCGGCGGCGACUACCGCGCCGGGGGGGCUGUGCGCGCUGCGAGAUCCUUUUUUGCAAGAAAUGCAGGAGCCUGCACAGCCACCCGGCCUACGUGGCGCACUGCGUUCUGGAGCACUCAGGUCUAGGUACGGCGGGGGCCGCCUGGGGCUCCUGA